AGAAAAUUAUAAUAAAAUAUUUAUGAUUUCAAAAUUUACGUAUUAACCUUUAAAAAUAAUUAAAAAAAGGAAACAAUAAAUACUAUUAAUUACCUUAUUUUUUGAACAUAUAAUUACCCUUAUUUUUGGGUUAUAAUUAAGGGUUAUAGUUUUAAACUUCUUCUUUAAUUUCAUUUCAUUUUUCCCAUUCUUUCUCUCUCAUUUCUAAGUGAAGGACUGGUCAAGGUUGGAAUAUUAAGAAAGAAUUAGCAAUGGCAUCAACUUCUUUUGCAAAGCAGACUGUAAUGCCUAUGAAAGAACCAUCAUCUAAUUACAAUCCAUAUCCUCCACCUCUUGCAAGAUAUGAAGAUGUUGCAGCUUGUCCAAAGCUUUUUCUCUCUACUUUGGAGAAGCUCCAUGCUACUAUGGGAACUAAGUUCAUGAUACCCAUCAUUGGAGGAAAGGAGUUGGAUUUGCACAAACUUUUUGUCGAGGUAACAUCUCGUGGUGGCAUCGAGAAGAUUAUAAAAGAGCGAAGAUGGAAGGAAGUGACUGCGAUUUUCAACUUCCCGUCAACUGCUACAAAUGCAUCUUUUGUGCUUCGGAAAUACUAUCUUUCGCUGCUUCAUCACUAUGAGCAAAUCUACUUCUUUAAAGCCCGUGGUUGGGUCCCUGUUUCUUCUGAUCCCUUCAGGAGCCAAUCCAUUACACAGAUUCAUACUCAAGGACCCAUACGGCCAGUCAUUGAUGUUCAUGCAGCCGCCGUCCAGCAACCAAGAGUAAAUAUUGCCGAUUCACCUGCAGCAGCAAGGCAAUCAACAACUGCAGGCUCUCCGGUGAUUGGUGUCAUUGACGGUAAAUUUGAGAGUGGCUAUCUUGUCACAGUCACUAUUGGCUCAGAGAAGCUAAAAGGUGUCCUUUAUCAGGCUUCAGAUGAUGCAGCACCUGAAGUGCCACACUGCUAUGGUGCAUUUUCCAGCCAGAGUGUGACUCCACAUGCUACAUCAGGUGUCCAACGCAGAAGACGCCGGAAAAAAUCCGAGAUAAAACGGAGGGAUCCCGCUCAUCCAAAACCAAACAGGAGUGGAUAUAAUUUCUUUUUUGCUGAGCAACAUGCUAGAUUGAAACCACUUCACCCUGGACAAGACCGAGAAAUCAGUAGAAUGAUUGGUGAACAAUGGAACAAGUUAACCGAACCUGAAAAAUCUGUUUAUCAGGAAAAAGCUCUCGAAGAUAAAGAACGAUAUCGAGUUGAGAUGGAGGAUUAUAGGGAAAAAUUAAGGACCGGUCAAGUUUUAGGCAAUGCACUCCCACUACCACAACAAGUUCCCGAGAUGGAUGUCGGAAUGGCUGAAGCAGAUAUGAAGCUUGAUGAAACUGAAGGUGGUGAGUCCCCUCAAACCCCGGAAAAUGAUAGCAGCUCUGAUGGAAGUGAUUUUGAAGAUGAUAAAACUGCAGAUAAGGAUUUAGAUAUCGAAGAAUCUCAAUUUGCUGGUGUAGUGGGUGAUGUUGAUGCAGAUAUUUCAGUCGAGGAAGCAGCCGAGUUAUCAAAGGUGGAUGAUAAUGUUGGACAUAAUAGUCAGGUUGAGAAGUUCAGUAUUUGAAGAUGAAGAAAAGAACCAAUGCCAUGUGAAGAACACUAAAAUCUGCUUGGGAUUAAGUUGAAUAUUGUGGCAAAUGAAGCAAUAGAUGCAUUUAGAGAUGGUAAUUCAUUUUUUUUUUUAGUUUUUUUUUCUUCGUCUAUGUUAUUCUGGCUCAUUACUUUUCUUGCAAUACAUGUACGCAUUAUCCAUGUUCAACACAUAUUUUGAUAUCGGUUCGGGGAUAUGGCCCUUCAAGGUCCUCCCAAAAAUACAGAAUACCUUGGGAAAAAUUUACACAUAUCCAUGUAAGAUAUGUGCUUGUAUCCGACGUUGACGCUCGAGUUAGAGUAACUUGGCCUUUCUUUUAAUAUAUAAAAGUUUAGUCUUA